UGAAAAUGAAAGUAUAAAUCGAAUAAGUCAUCGGACUAAAGCACUGACUAAGGACUCAUCAGCAUACUGUAGGCUAUCAGUACUGUACACCUGUUGAGACUCUACAAUGACUAAAUACAACCUCCUUUCCUUGUCCCUUGUGAUCAUAGCUCUAGGUGUCACUGAAGCCAUGCGAUUUCCAGGGCUCAAGUUGAUAAAUGACUGCAUAGAAAUGGAAUGUGGUGGACCGAUGAGAUCUUGCUUGAAGAUGAGUCAUAUGGAAUUUACUUCCAAUGCCAAAGGUUGCAUUAUACGUGACUGUAAAAAUGCCUUUAAGCUAUGUAUGAAACAGAUCCCAAACAAUGUGUUUUCAUAUGGCAAAGUGAUGGCAGAAAAAUUUCAACAAUAUGCUGAUUUGGGUCUAGAUGUUUUUUCUGACUCCUACCUACAAUGCUGGAUCAACACAGACAUUCACAACGGGACCCAACUUAGUGACUGUGUUGUCGAUGAACUCCUCAAUCAAAUCGAGCCUUUUGUAACUCUGUUUGGCUCUGCACUGUUCAGUGAUCCAGCCUUUAUGACAUGUGGGAUUGUCCACUCUUUUAAAUCACUCCUGUCGCUCUUCCUACGUAUCCAUAUGGAGACUGAUUACAUGGAGCAACUGGAGGAGAACAAGGAGAUUGAAGCACAGAGAAAUCUCUAUGAAUAUAUUAGGUGUUUUGAAAUGAAUAACUUCAAUGCUGACUGUAACCAUGUUUGGAAUCGUAUUAUGGGUACUCCACCAAUGAGACAACAAACCAAAGACUUCUUUGUUGCUGGAGUCCACGAUCUCAUAUCAGUUACGGCAAAAUGUCGACGGUUCUGAGACGGUCCCCCCACCGACCACCACACACACACACACAUAGCACAUAAACCUCCAGGUCAAAACCAUGCUCCUUUUUACCUCCGCCAAGGAGGUUAUGUUUUCAUCGGGAUUUGCUUGUUUGUUUGUUAGUUUGUCUGUCUGUCUGUCUGUCUGUCUGUCUGUCUGUUUGUUUGUUUGUUUGUUUGUUUGUUCGCAAGAUAACUCAAAAAGUUAUGGAUGGAUUUCGACAACAUUUUCAGAAAAGGUCUGAAUGACCCAAGGAAGAAAUGAUUUUGGGAGUGAUCCGUAUUUACCGUCUGGAUCCAUGUUUUCGCUUGGCGGAGGUCUGUGCUCUGAGUGCUUUUCUAGUUAUGAUAUAGUUUGUACUUUUUUUUUUUCCCCCUUUCUUAGUUCAAGAUGUAAGCUACAGUAUAUCAAGAACAGAAAACAUGUGAGAUGGACAGGAGUUGUUGUGCUUUGUUCUGUUUUCUGUUUGCUGGUUUGUUGUAGUCGGUCCCAUGGGCCAGUGAUGCGAAAUUGCCCUCAGGAUGAUUGGGUCUCCACUCUGUAUAAGGGUACCGCUUCGUCGCGCUUGGGAACUGCAUACUUUGAGACACUUUGCUUCUGAGCCAAUUUUGUCAAAUAAACACUUUA